UGAUCAUGAUCAAAAAGCUGGUACUUUAAUUUAGCCGAUACGUGUUUCCGCCCGGAUCAUACUUGUGCGUACCCUAAAACGGAAAUGCGUCCAUGAAACAACAGCGCUGCAAGUAAACAAACAAACAAAAAAACAGCAAUUGAGUCAAAUUAAAUGUUUGUGGCUCUUCAGUCGCCAUCAAAGGACAACCUGGAUACAGCUGAUAUGCUGCUGUGUUAGCCAUCUGUGAAAGGAGGGAGGGACGAUAUUACGCCAUAUCAGUGGAGAGCGACAUGGAACACACCCAAACGCUUGAUCAUCACCGGACGCUUGACGCUGACAUAAAGUUGUACCUCUGCGGCGUGUGCGGCAAAUCCCUCAGCGACCGUCGCUCUCUUUCCCGCCACAAAUUGACGCACUCGACAGAGCGUGCUCACGGCUGCCGGACGUGCGGCCGAUGCUUCAAGUUGGCAGAAACGCUGCGGCAGCACGAGAAGAUCCAUGUGCGAGGAGAGCGCACGUUCCUGUGCGAUAUCUGUUGCCAGAUGUUCUGGAGUAGCGAGCAGCUGAAUGUGCACAUUCGGCGCCAUAGCGGCGAGCGGCCGCACCGCUGCCACCUGUGCAGCAGGGGCUUCGCCACCAGAGGGCUCCUGACCGUGCACAUGCGUGUGCACACGGGCGAAGCGCCGUACCGCUGCCCUGACUGCGGCCUGUCCUUUAAACGCAAGGUGCACCUGGACAACCACAUGACUAUCCACUCGGGCGCCAAGCCCUUUGUGUGCGGCGUGUGUGGCAAAGCGUGCGCUAGGAGGACCUACCUGACCGUGCACAUGAGGACGCACAGCGGCGAGCGUCCUUACAAGUGCAGCGUGUGCGACAGAGCCUUCACGCAGAGUCACUGCCUGAAGACACACAUGAAAAGCCACCAGGAGGAGCCAGCCUACCAAAGAUUGCAGUGACACACUUGCGUGCAGAGGGUCUCUGUCUGUUCAUGCUCCCUUCUUUCUGAACUUUCCCAGCAUCCCAUCCUCCCCCUCCUUUCUGUCUGUGACGUCUCUAUGCUGCCAGUAAAUUAGCCUGCUAAUCUUUAUUAUUUUUUGGCUUUCCUAUCGUCACAAAUGAUAAAUGGCAGAUUCUACAUACUGCUCAGAUUGUCUUUAUGUAAACAACUAUGUUCUUGUCAAUCAUCUUGGCAAUACCAGGCCUGACCUGCGAGCCUCCUUUUAUUUGAUGAACGGCCACCAUAAGUGACAUUGUCAAAUGUGCUACUACUGUCUUGGCCUGAAGGGGGCGUCAGUGUCGCAUUGAAGCAGACAGACCAGCUAUAUAGAAGUCAAUGUGUUGGUGUGGGGGCAUCAGUGUUCCCAGUAAAGGCAAUGCAUAUAUAUUGAAAAUAAAUAAAUCAUAACUUUCUCAUUUCUCAACAAAACAUGUGCUAUUAAUACAGAACAUAUGAGUAGUUUUAAUUCUUACCUAUACAAGUUAUUCCCAGUUUCCUUGUUUCAACCGUACAAGGUAGUGGGCAACCAUAUGCAGCACAAUGUGCAGGCUUUCUUGUUUAGUUUUCCAUCUAAACCAUCUCGGCAGGGGCCUCUUUCCCCUUUAAUGCAAAGCUACACAAUGCGUUGAAUAUUGAAAGUAAACCCUAAUCUAUUUAUUUCUCAAUUAAUUUACAUGCAGUUUACCUUAUUGUCAAUGGGGGAAAAUGCUAUUAAUGCACGUUUUUUUAUUUGUAUAAAACACACCUUAUGUCCCAUUACAACUAUUUCACUUACGAUACGAUACUGAUAUUGGCGCCUACUGCGUUUUGGCCGAUACCGAUAUUAAUAUAAUACGAUAUCAGCAGGAAUCCUAGUACAUACUUUUAUUUAGUAGUUUAAAUUUUUUGAAAAGUUUUAAUCCAGUGAAAUUAGUCAAACAGAGAAUAAUGCUAGGUAUAAAAAAAAACAACACUAAUCUUAUGGCAUAAUAGUACAUUAUUUUAUUAUGUAGUGUGAAAUGUUGAAUAGGUUUGAUCAAGGGAAAUUAACCAAAGAACAACGGUAGGUAUGAAACCCAUAACCUGGUAACAGAUUUAUUGCUUUUAAAGUGGAUUGUUAUUUUCUGUUUGGAUGAUCUGUAGCGAUCACAAUAAUUCAUCAAAUUAGGGCAUAAUGCAGUCGGCUAAACGAUGCGGACAUGUUUGAUACUCUCUAAAUCAGUGGUUCUCAACCUUUUUUCAGUGAUGUACCCCCUGUGAAAAUUGUUUUAAUUCAAGUACCCCCUAAUCAGAGCAAAGCAUUUUUGGUUGAAAAAAAGAGAUAAAGAAGUAAAAUACAGCACUAUGUCAUCAGUUUCUGAUUCA